ACCUCGGGACAGAUAGAAAAAUAGAAGAGAAGAAGAUUCUGAUAUCAUAACCUCCGAGAACCGUCCACCGAGCCCGAGGAGUCCUCCGAGACACAAGAAGAUCAUGUCAGUAACCCUUAAGGACUACACGAGGCUUCAUGAUCACAUGAUACUCAUUGACCACCCUACAGAAAACCCUCAGACCACCAAAGUGACAUUCGGGGGGAAGAGAUGGACCUCCCGCCCCUCCUCCGGCCUGAUCUGCUCCCUGUGGGCUCUCUGCAUCGCACUUCUCUUCCUCGUCAUCGUCGUCCUCAUUGUCACUGUCACAGGUCAGACGGAGCAGAACAUCGAGGGGAGACUCAGCAAUCUGAGUUUGGGGAUGGACUCCAGGGUGGAACGCUUGUCCCAGGACGAUCACAGGACGUUGGAGAAACUCACUGCCAUUGAAACCUCCAUGGGGGACCUUAAAGAUUCCAAAGAUUCACUUUCCAGGGACACCCGGAAGAUUCUGGGAGAGAUGGACAGACUGGCCGAGGAGAUCCGGAAAGGAAGAAAUUCUGGGAUGACAGAGAAGCUUUCCGCCAUUGAAACCUUAAUGAAGAACCUCAAAGGUCAACAUCUGGAUGAGAUGAAACAGAACCUGGAAGUGAAGUUUAGAAACCUGAGUAUGGAGAUGAACUCUGUAAUGGACCAACUGACCCAGGAUGAUUCCAAGAUUAUGCAGAAGCUUUCAUCUAUGAAAAACUCAAUGAAGGAUCUCAAUGCAGAUCAAUGGCUACGUGAGAUGGAACAGAACAUGGCGACGAAGCUCAGGAAUCUCAGUAUGGAGAUAAGCUCCAGAGUUGACCAGCUGCCUCCUCAGGAUGAUUUCAGGUUGAUGGAGAAGCUGUCUUCUAUGGAAACCUUAAUGAAGGACCUCAAGGGUCAAUGGCUUUAUGAGAUGGAACAGAACAUGGAGUUGCAGCUCAGGAACCUGAGUAUGGAGAUGCACUCUGUGGUAGGGCAACUGACUCAGAAUGAUUCCAAUGUGAUGGAGAAACUUUCUGACAUAGAUACCUCAAUGAAAAACCUCAAUGGUCAAAGAUUGGAUAAGAUGGAACAGAACAUGGAGGUGCAGCUCAGGAAUCUGAGCAUGGAGAUGCAUUCUUUAGCUGGGCAACUAUCCCAGGAUGAUUCCAGGAUGAUGGAGAAGCUGUCAGUCAUGGAAACCUCAAUAAAGGACCUCAAGGGUCAAUGGCUGGAUGAGUUGAGGAAGAACAUGAAUAUGACGAUCGAGAAACGGAGUAUGGAUAUACGCUGCAGAGAGGACCACCUGUCCCAGGAUGGUUUCAGGAUUAUGGAGAAGCUGUCUACUAUGGAAACUUCAAUGAAGGCCCUCACAGGUCAACGACUGGAGGACGUGCAACAGAACAUGGACGUGAAGCUUGGGAAUCUGAGUAUGGGGGUGCAGUCUUUAGAAAGCAUGCUGUCUCAGGAUGAUUCCAAGGUGAUGAAGAAACUGUUCGCUCUGGAAACAUCAAUAAUGGAACUCAAUGGGCCUCUUUCCAAGAAUGUUCCAACUGUCGUGGGAAACCAAGCAGAGGAGAUCCAGAAAAUUAAGAGUGCUCUUUCCAGUGAUAUUCAGAAGAUUCAGGAAGCUCUGCAGAAACAGACAGUAGAAAUCCAGAAAGCAAAUCCUUCCAGAGUGCUCAGUAAAGUGACGGAGAUCGAGUCGUUGGUGAAACGCGUUCUGCCCAAUGACGCAAUAGGCUCUCUUUCCAGAGAUGUCAAGAAGGUUUUGGAAUCUGUGAACAAAAUGGCAGGAGAGAUCCAAAAAGUGCAAAGAUCUGGUGAACCCUGUUCUACAGGUUGGAUAAACUUUGGGGGUAAAUGUUAUUACUGGUCCUCGAAUUCGAUUCCAUGGAAUUCCGCCAAGAAACAAUGUGAGGACAGGCAGGCUCACCUGGUGGUCGUUAAUGGGAAUGACGAGAUGGUUUUUCUACGUGCGUUCUCUCAGAAGAAGUUGUGGUGGAUCGGCCUCACAGAGAUAGACAAUACCUGGCACUGGGUGGACGACACUUCCUUUGAGUUGACUCCAAAGUUCUGGGAGCCUGGGCAACCUGAUAACUAUGCGAAUCGAGCUCUCCAAGGAGGGGAAGACUGUGCUCAGUUGAGGGGUACAAAUGGAUGGAACGACGCCCACUGUUCCGCAAAGCACUUCUAUAUCUGUGAGAAGAAAAUGCUCUAAAGGGAAGAUAUGAGGAAACCAAUAUCUUCCUCUCGUUGUCCAUCAACUAACAGAACUCAACAACCACCAGCAAGGAGGGAAAUAUAUGGGCCACUCAAAUUACUCUAGGGAAGCCAGAAGACCCCCCAACAUUCUUCUGUUCACACACAAAGGGGCGGACUGCCCGAGGGCCCCAUGCCACUAGGGGGCCCCAUCAGGGUUGCCAGGCUCAUUAA